AUGGUCAAAUCGACAACUUUCCUCCUUCCCCUCGCAUCCACCGCCCUUGCCGCUCCAUACGCCGCAAACAGCUCCUGGUCCGGCUGGAAGAACGUCAAGCACCUCUUCGUCUUCGGCGACUCCUACACCCAAACCGGCUUCGACGCCAAAGCCGCCCAACCCAGCCCCUCCAACCCCUUCGGCAACCCCACGUUCCCAGGAUGGACAUCCAGCAACGGCCCGAACUGGGUCGGCUUCCUGACCGCAACAUAUAACCAGAGCACCAUCCUAACAUACAACCUGGCCUCCGGCGGCGCAACCGUCGACUCUGCUCUCGUGAAGCCCUACGCGCCCACGGUAGUCUCGGUGAAGGAACAAGUCCAGACGCAAUUCCUGCCGAUUUAUAGCUCCAAGCCCGCGAGCGCGCCAUGGACGGCUGAAUCCUCACUGUUUGCGUUCUUCAUCGGCAUCAACGAUGUUGGCAAUAGCUGGUAUCUGAACAACGCCACGCUCUACGACGCCAUUUUCGCCGAGUACGCUGGACUGCUCGAUCAAGUGUACGACACUGGCGCGCGCAACUUUUUGUUCCUUAAUGUCCCGCCGGUGAACUUGAGUCCGUUGAUUACUGAAAAGGCGGAUGAUGGGUAUGCGACGGAGUAUGAGGGGAGGGUUAUUGCGGAUUGGAAUGGGAGGGUGGCGAAUAUGACGGCGCAGUUUAAAGCGAAACAUGCUGGUGUUACGGCGUUUGUGCAUGAUACGAAUGCGCUGUUUACGCAGGUUAUCAAGGACCCGAAAAGCGUGGAGCAGACGGUGGGGUAUAAGAAUACUACGGCGUUUUGCAAGGCUUAUGCAAAGUAA